AUGUCCAUUGAGACAGUGAUGCCAUCCAACCAUCUCAUCCUCUGUCAUCCCCUUCUCUUCCUGCCCUCAAUCUUUCCCAACAUCAGGGUCUUUUCAAAUGAAUCAGCUUUUCGCAUCAGGUGGCCAAAGUAUUGGAGUUUCAGCUUCAGCAUUAGUCCUUCCAAUGAACACCCAGGACUGAUCUCCUUUAGGGUGGACUGGUUUGAUCUCCUUGUAGUCCAAGGGACUCUCAAGAGUCACCUAGAGCCAGACACCCUGGAAUGUGAAGUCAAGUGGGGCCUUAGGAAGCAUCACUACAAACAAAGCUAG